CGAGGAGAGGAAGGAGGAAGCGCCGCGGUGCAGCCGAGCCUCCUCCUCCUUCUCUCUCCUCCUCCCGCCGGUACCGGGGCUGGCGAGGGGGGAAUCCGGGCACUGAGGAUUGACCGGGCUCGGGGUAGCGAUCGCAGCGCUCGGGAGGGCAGCGGGGCUGCGUCCCCCCUCCCGUCCCGGCUCCCUUCCUGCCUCCCCGCACGGGUCUGUUGGGCCGGCGCUGAUGGAGCCGGGAUCCCCUGCCCGAAGCCGUCGCCUUCUGCCCGGCCAGAAAUACUAAGACGGAGUAUUUGACCUUCUAAUCUCUACAGCUGAGUCUCCUGAUACCAGGAUUAGGAAAGAGUGCCUUCAGAACCAAUAUGUAGCAAAUGGGUAUCACAACUCUGAAGCUCCUCCCUUGGUUCAACGCUUAGAUGUUUUAAGGAUCCUUGUUGUCUCAGCAGUGAAUUGCUCUUGUGAACUUUGGAAACGGAUUUCAUGUGGUGCUUGCUAAACGCUGAGUCACCAUGAGUAGUAAUCUAGGAAAAGAAAAGGACUGUAAAGAGAAAGAUCCAAAAGUCCCAUCGUCAAAAGAAAGGGAGAAGGAGGCCAAAGCCUCUGGAGGGUUUGGGAAAGACAGCAAAGAAAAGGAGCCUAAAACCAAAGGGAAAGAUGCCAAAGAUGGAAAGAAGGACUCCAGUAGCACGCAGCCUGGGGUAGCUUUUUCAGUGGACAAUACAAUAAAAAGACCUAAUCCAGCCACAGGUACCCGCAAAAAAUCCAGCAAUGCUGAAGUGAUCAAAGAGCUAAAUAAAUGCCGGGAAGAGAAUUCAAUGCGCUUGGACUUGUCCAAGAGGUCUAUACACAUGCUUCCAUCAGCUAUCAAAGAGCUAACGCAGUUAACAGAACUUUAUUUAUACAGUAACAAACUGCAGUCCCUACCGGCAGAGGUGGGCUGUCUUGUGAACCUGAUGACACUGGCCCUGAGUGAAAACUCACUCACCAGUUUGCCUGACUCUCUUGAUAACUUGAAGAAACUGCGCAUGCUUGACCUGCGGCAUAACAAACUUAGAGAAAUCCCUUCGGUGGUGUACAGGCUAAGCUCUCUCGCCACUCUUUACCUACGCUUUAAUCGUAUAACUACUGUGGAAAAGGAUAUCAAAAACUUGUCAAAACUCACCAUGCUUAGCAUACGAGAGAACAAAAUCAAGCAACUACCUGCUGAAAUCGGUGAGUUGUGUAACCUCAUAACGCUGGAUGUAGCGCACAAUCAGCUUGAACAUCUUCCGGAAGAGAUUGGAAGCUGCACGCAGAUCACCAAUCUUGACUUGCAGCACAAUGAGCUAUUGGACCUGCCUGAAACCAUAGGAAAUCUGUCCAGUCUAAGUCGUCUUGGCCUGAGGUACAAUAGGCUGUCAGCAAUUCCGAAGUCUUUAGCAAAAUGCAGUGAACUUGAUGAACUGAACCUGGAGAACAACAACAUUUCUACUUUACCAGAGGGUCUUUUAUCCAGCCUUGUCAAACUGACUAGUUUAACACUGGCCAGGAACUGCUUCCAGUCCUAUCCUGUGGGUGGCCCGUCCCAGUUCUCCACAAUCUACUCUCUCAAUAUGGAGCACAACCGCAUCAAUAAAAUCCCCUUUGGAAUUUUCUCUAGAGCUAAAGUAUUAAGUAAGCUGAACAUGAAGGACAAUCAGCUGACCUCUCUCCCCUUGGACUUUGGGACUUGGACUAGUAUGGUAGAACUGAACUUAGCGACUAAUCAGCUCACAAAAAUCCCUGAGGAUGUAUCUGGGCUUGUUUCUCUUGAGGUUCUCAUCUUGUCAAACAAUCUCCUAAAGAAACUUCCCCAUGGAAUUGGAAAUCUGCGGAAACUCCGAGAGUUAGAUCUAGAGGAAAACAAACUGGAAUCCUUGCCAAAUGAAAUAGCUUACCUCAAGGAUCUGCAGAAAUUGGUUCUCACUAAUAAUCAGUUGACCACGCUUCCCAGAGGUAUUGGUCACCUUACCAAUCUGACGCACCUUGGGCUCGGAGAGAAUCUUCUCACACACCUUCCUGAGGAAAUUGGUACACUGGAGAAUCUGGAAGAACUGUAUUUGAAUGACAACCCCAAUCUGCACAGCCUUCCCUUUGAGCUGGCUCUUUGCAGCAAACUGUCAAUAAUGAGUAUUGAGAACUGCCCGCUCAGCCACCUUCCACCUCAGAUUGUGGCAGGAGGACCCUCCUUCAUCAUUCAGUUCCUAAAAAUGCAGGGACCAUAUCGUGCCAUGGUCUGAUGCUAAUCGGAUUGUCCAAUACACUGUACAAAAUACAAACUGCAUUAAUGUUGUAAUUGUCUGUAUAUGUAUAUAUAAUAUAAUAUAUGUGUUUUAUAUUAUAUUAUAUAUAUAUAAAUAUAUAAAUAAUAUAAAAAGGCAAAUUUAAGACUGCAUUAUGUGUUUCUGCUAAUAGAGGAAUCAUAGCCAUUUAGAUUUUUUUUAUUCUGUAAAAAUGCUUGUCUAAGUUUUCUUUGCUGAAUUUGAUGGAAGUUGUCUGAAUAAUCUGGAAAUGCCAGUUCAUUUAAAGCAAUUGCCAAUGAACUCAAAGUUUAAAUUUAAGGGACAAAAAUAGUUUUGCUUAGAUUUACUUUCAGUUAAGAGAAAUGUAUAACCUUUAUAUAAUGAAUUCUUCUGUUUUCCUCCCUUUUUUUUUUUGUGUCAAAACCUGAAAGGGUCAUGUGUCCUGAGGUUGGGAUUUUCUUUUAACUUAUUUUGAGAUUUGAAGCAAAUGGUGUUUUUAUAUUGUUUACAGUCAGAGUAAAUCACUGGAUUUUGUUUUAUUCUGAUUUGCUCUGUUUUAAUCAAUCGUAUCUAGAAUUUAUAUGCCUCUGCUGAUGAAUUUUUAUCAACUGGUUUGUAUGCUAAAAACAUAUACUCAUCAGAACAACUGGCAGGUGAAAAGGAUGCAGUCAAAACAAAAGGAAAGGAAAAGGAAAAAAAAGCUUGAAUUCCUUUAAGUCUUGCUUCCCUGAGUUAUCAGUUGCAGGCACAACAUAUCUGAACUGAGCCUUUUGCGGUUGGUCUUUUCUAGCACAAGUAAACCUUUUCAGAUUGGUAAAAACGUUGAGUAUACUCAGUGAAGAGCGGUUUUCAUUUUGUGAAGUAACAAUUCCAUGAGGUCUAACAGUACAGUUAAGUGGCAAGGAAAUAAUAUAUAUGUACAUUUUUAUUACAAUGUUGAGUCAUAAACUACAACAGGCAAUUUUAAGGAUUCCUUAUAGUCCUUGUACAAUAAAUGAAUGUGUCUUACUUUUAAACACUGCAAUAUAUGUAAGUUUUAAGGUUGGUUAACAAUGUACUAUGGUUUUAUAUCUUGACUUGCCUUGUACCUCCUUCCAUUAUGGAACUUCUGUGUCCAAGCACAAUAUCUUCACACUGUGCUGUUUUGCUGCUGAACUAAAUGCACUUUUCCCCACAGCUGGGGCACUUGCUUCAAAAUAUUCAGUUCAGUAUCUUGAUUAUUCUUUUUUAACUUCAUCCUAUCUGUUUCAGUAUUAAACCGAUCUAUUAAAAAAGAAUCACCCACCUUUUUCAUUUGUGCAUAGGUAUUCUCUUCUCAAGACAAACACUGUAAAUAGUGGACAUUCAGUUUUGUCAUGACUCUUGGUGGCUUAAAAGGCAGAGGAUGCUUCAGGGAGAUUUACGCUAUCGCUGCACUGGUAGGGCCAGUUGUCCUUUUUCAGGAGGGUAGGAACUCGAGGCGAUUGCAUUCCACGGUUACUCAAGAACUGCCCAGUUUAUACUCGUUGGAAUUGCUGCUGGGGAAUUGAGUUAGAGGAUUGUAACUGUUGAAUAAAAUCAAAUCAGCUGAUGCCACGGGAAGUCUUUUUCAUAUGCAGAAGUUUGGGGAAUAUUAUUUCCGGCUUUUAGGCACACAUUCUUAGACGUAUCCCCUUGAUCUAUUUGCAUUCUGUUUCGUCGUAUAUAUUUUCAUUAACAAGGAGUAAGUUUAAAUGGAAGGCAGGUGGAGAUAUAAAACCUUAGAGGGCUUAAACAUGCUGUAAAACUAAUGUAGAUGUCACUGGAUUUUACUAAGUAAUGUUCUUUUCUUUCUCUCACACUGUCUCUCUGUCAUGCCCCCCCUUCUUUAUUUUUACAUCUACUGCAGAUUUUCGGUUUAGACUUUAGGUUACAAAAGGCUUGUUCCUUAUGGUUCUGCCCGAGGUUAAUCUUUUUCAGCAUUAAGGCGUUAAGAUAUGAAGAUGCUGAAAUGCUUAGUAUCAAGACUGUAAUCUAACUUCUGAAUAUACUGCUAAAUCCACAUUUGAACCCUCAGAUCGCUAGGGGAAACUGAUUUGAUUAAUAUGGUUCCUUAAAACAAAAGUGGCGACCCCUUGUGUUUUCAAGCAUCUUGGUCUCAUUCCCUGUCUUGCUCCUCAAUCCUAUUUUUAUAAGAGCCGACAGGAUUGAAUUUGUUUAGUUUGUAAAUAUGUUGAUUAUUCACCUUAUUAAGGUACAUGGUUGAUAACUGUAUGAUUGGAGCUGACCCUCUCUUGCAUAAGUUCCUGUGGAGAAGUUGGCUAACAAAAUAGCGCUCGUUACACUUGCUUAAAAACAAACUAUUCUUUUCAUUACACUUAUAGGAAUAAAGCAAGCUAUGUUUUAAUUAAUUAUUAUAUUAAAACCAGGAUUUUUUUUUCAAACUAUCUUUGUACUAGUAUGGUUGUUGCAAUGCCAGAUAAUCCUGAGCCCUGUUUUAGGACUUUUAUUUUAUACAUUCUGAGGGACACGUUUAUUUUUUUCGGUGUCUUGAGAGAUUUGAAUAAAAGCAGUGCGAGAGAAGUUCUGGUACAGGAGAAACUAACUCGGAAGAAUUUGAAAAGUUCUUUGAAAUAAUACAAAAUUUUAAGUAUUAAAUGUGUGAGAUGGAUUGGGAAUAGAGGCAUAUAAACCUGUGUAAGUACAUACAUAGAUUUAUAUCUACCCCUGUACACAGGUGUGUGUAAAUCCAACUGUUUUGAUCAUUCAAAAGUGUCUUCCAUCCUGAAAUAAGACUUGCAUUUCUCAGGAUGUUGGGUUGUUAACUGAUAGAGUUUCUAAAUUGUCUUUGGUGCCUGAUGAUGUUCAGUUGGGCACAUGUGCUGGCUUAUACCUGUUGAAGUAUUUUAUUUGGCCCAGUCAGUUAAAGUAUGAAUGGAAAGAACUUCAUCCUGACAAGCGUAUCUACACACACAUACACAUAUGUAUACGUGCAUCCGUGUAUGUAUGGAAGCAGACAAUAUGGAGAAAUUAAUUCUUUAUGGCAUCUUUGAAGACAAGAUAGAGAGACAGGCGAUUCCUAGAUUAUUAAAUUGUAUAAUAUUGUAUUAAAUCUUUAUCCUCCUUGGUGUAUUGGGGGAAGUAAUCUAGAAGGGUUGUUGAAAAGUGUGAGUUGUUACUUUGAGUGAAAAUUAUAACUUUGAUUUCUCGCCUAUAUACAAAAUACCAAUUUGUAUGUGUCUGUGCCUAUGUACAUAAGAAUAUGUACGUAUACACGUGCCCCGUAAAGACACUAUCCUGAAUCACGCCUUGAUUUAACAAGCUAAACUACUGUACCACAGACUAUAUAGUAUUAUGGAAGUUUGGUAAAGUGUAAAGCAGAUUAGGGAUUUGUUAAAUAAUGAAAAGAAGGAAUAAUUGCAAUUGUGACUCCUGUUGGUCACAUUGGGCUUAAAUUUACUAAAUAGAAAGUUGUUUGGUAAUUCUUUGCAGCAAUGUUUUCUUUUAGUAUAAACCCGUUAAAGUUUUGUCUCUGGCUGUCCCCUAUUAAAGGUUCCUCACUAAAAUUGUCAGUAUAAAAGCAGUGGAAAUGCUGCAUGUGAAGUUGGGUCAUACAGUUGUGUAAUUGGUACUUUCCCAUUUGCCAGAUGCUAUUGGAAACUUUGAAAUCCAUAUCCAUUUCUUAGAAAGAGAUUUGGGUUGUAGAAUAUUUGCUUCAGUGCCUCUCUUGGAUGUAAGGUUUUCUUUGCAGUUUUGUCCACUUUUUGCUAAUGUGUGAGAAAGUGCAUGUUCAGGCUUCUUGAAGGUCGUGUUUGCUCAUGUACGUGAUUAAGUAAAUUAGUACCCAAACUGUCUGGCUGGUUAGCACUUAAACCCAUUGUGUCACCUGGAAUUCAAGUAUCGUCUUUAAUCCUGGGAGUUAGAAAAAUACCUUUUAAAAUACCUUUUAUUUAACAAUGAGAAAACUGGGAGAUUAUUUUAUCUUUACAUUUUGUUAAAAUAAUAUAAACAAACAACCAAAAAUGAGUUAAAUUUCUGAAUCAGUACAAACCCAUAUCAGGGAAGCCUUCGUGUCUGGAUGCAACUAACAUUUUCAUGUAGUCAGGAUCACACCUCAGUUGUGUCAAAUCGGCAUGCCAGAAUAGCUUCUAAAUAGAAAUGUGCAGUUGGUAGUAAUUUGCACAACACAAAUGGAAGGCAUAGUAAGGACAACUAGAAAAAAACAGUAGUAUCUACAACUGGCAUUUGUUUUUACUUUAGCAAAGAUCAGAAAAUUAUGUUUAUUGUUCUGAUGUUUUGGUCUUAACCAGGACUGCACAGGACUUCUGCUGUGGAAACAUACCAGACCACACUAAUUUUGUGGUUAAAAGCUAAACAAGAGUGUAAGCAGUCUACAAAAAAUGUACUUUUAAUCUGAAUUAUUGUAAUGUUGAUUGUUAUGUCUAUGUAAAAGAUUGCCUUGCUUUUUUAUAAGAGUCAUUCUGUAUCAAUGCAUUCAUUAUAAAUAGUAUAUUUGUAAAUAAGCUGCCACUGAGUCUUUUGGAAGUUUUCUAGUAUUUCUAGUCUAACAUUAAUUUGGAUGUAAGUUGUAUUUUUGCAGUGCCCCAAAUUACCAAGACCUGCUUUCUCAUUGUAUACUCAUCCCUCUUUAUAAGCUUUUUUUUUUAAAGUAAAAUAUAGAUUUUCAUGUAUAGCAAUUACAGGAAACUUCGAAAGUUGCAUGACGGUAACUGCUUUACUCAGUCAUGUAAUUGGACACCUGUUAUAAAGCAAAUGUUGGUAAAUCUUUUACUUUCACUUUGUUCUAAUACAGUGGGGCAUAUAGGAAAAAAAAAACCCAAGCCUUUCUCUCUGGAAGGGAAAAUGAAUCUUGGGUUUCAGUGCAAAAUACAUUUCAACAAUAACAAAAUUAAAGUAGAUAUAGAAUUCUGGUGCUUAUAAGACACCUGCAUUUAAACUUCUGGUUUAAUUAAAGACAAUAUUGCCAAGCUGACAUGGCAGCUCUAAACUGACGUCUUUUAACUCCAUGAAGCUCAUUAUGAUAGACAUUGUUUCAAGGAGGUCAUGCUUACAUCAUGUUCUACAAACACAAAAGUGCUAAUAUCCUUUGAAAUCAGAAUAGGAAGGCUUAGCAGUUCGGAGAUGAUGAUGGUGAUGGCACCAGUGUACUUACUGUGUCUCGUUGCUUUAAAAACUGGAAUGGGUUCUCACAGUGUGCAGCAAUAAUCCGAGUCCUUACAUCAGAUCUCUGCUGAUUAAAAUCAAUAGAGGGUCUGAUCAAACUGCCUAACAAUCUCCGAGUUGAGUUGAUCCCUGUUCCUGUAAGUGAUCCGGCACUCUGAACCGAGCUAAGGAGUUGGGCAGCUUCAUCAUGAAGGUGAUAUUGGACCAUAUCCAUCCCCCCCGUGUCUGACAGGGCUGAGUGGCAGCUGUGUAUGAAACAUAACAGGUUCCUCUGCUCAGGACCUCACCAACCAGAGUCUGAAGGGCUUGCAAAGAGGGAAGCAGCAUCUGCCUCACUGUGCUUAGUACCCCUUGAUAGAUUAGGAAAAUUCACAGAAGAAAGUGCUUUCUUUUUCUUUUUAAUCCGAAAUCAAUUUGUAUUUCUGGCCUCUGCAAUAUCCUGUGUCUAACAAUUCUACAAUAUAAUUAUGUGCCGAGUGAAAAAGUACUUCCUUUUGCUUGUUUCAAACCACACCACCUUAUUUCAUUUGUUUACUCCUAGUUCUUACAUUCUGAGAAAUUUGUGAACAGUCUUUUUUCUGUUCAUCUGCUUUUUAGUGCUCUUGAUGUUUUUUCCCCUCAAAUGGCAGUGUUUUUUCUCCAAGUCAAAGUUCUACUUUUUUAGCUUCUAUUCAAACAAAAUCUCUUCCAUUCUGUGAUAAUUCUUGUUGCCUUUCUCCGUAGUUUUCUAGCCCCAGCUCUGAUUCUUUUUCCUAGUUCAUGGCCUUUGACAAGUUACCUUAUUCUUGUUUACUUCUAGUUUGUGAAACAGAAGUACAGCUCACUUUUGAAAAUUAAAGUUGAGUGGGCGAUAAAGUUUAGUGCUAAACUCUAGAGGGGAAUAAUCCCACUAGGCAAUGAUCAGGUUGGUCUUUAGACUUCAGAUGCAAGCCACCCACUGCAGUGAUGAAUUGUUUCCUCUGAUUGGCUAUAUUAGCUAUAACUGUUUUUCAUCUCUUGCAACUAGUUUUGAGAAACAAAAUUAAUAUUAAAUUUAGCAUAAGUAUGGUGAUUUAAAUAAUGCCAGGAUUUAAAAUCCUCUGUUGAUGCCAGUACGAGUGCGUAGUUUUGGAAGGUGUGACUUUUGAUGAUUUUAGCUGGCCUUUUUAAACUGUCAAAGCUCAACACUUUCUGAUAAUAUUGGGCAAUUUCUAGUGUUGUUUCUUUGGAAGAGAAGUUGAAGACUGGCAGCACGCUGGUUGAGUUUCAUUUUCCUCCUUGAAUCCUUUGCAGAAAGUUAUGUAAGAAACUUCCACAAUUUAAAAGAAGAAGCAUCCCCUGCUCCAGGAGCAUCUUGUUGAUAAUCGGUGUCAGCCAGACAGUGCUCGGCAGCCACCAGGACUGGGGGGAAACUUGCUGGUCAUGACCCCUUUCUAUUGAAAUGAUUGAAGCGAGCAUCCACAGAUGAGCCUGGCCUCAGAAGAACAACACAUGGCUCUAAUUGAGUGAAAAGUGAAGAAAACGUCUUGUUUCUGGCACUCUGUGUCCUAAAGGCUGUUUUAAAGGCCUCAAAAUGUGCAGACGGCGUCUUGUGUGACUCUGGCGAGACAAACAGAUUACAUGUUUGUGUAAUUAAUCCAGCCUAAGUGCUUCGGGAUACCAAGUCUCCCAGUGUCGCUCUCCUACUUUCCACUGAUGGGAAGUUGUGGACUUAGAUACCUACAAUAAGUGUUUAGUGUGCAAAUACUGUACAAAAUCUGGAUGCCGGGCAGCUUUCUAGACUAUAGCUGGUGCUUUGAACUCUUGUGUGGUGGCAACAGCAGAAAGUAGGUGUUAAAGGGCUGGAGGUGGUUAGCUUUGAUACAAUUAGAAAGGGCUGAGUGCCUUGAAAGCUAAUUUGUUUUGUUUUUGCAAGCCAUCUCAGUCAAAUAAAAUACAUCAUCUCUUCCUACAAGCCUUGCCUUGCUUAGGAUUGUAAGAGUGGGAGAUAAUUUGAUUACCGAGAUCAAAUGAUGAUGGUUUAGAGGAGGAGCCAUCUGGAGUAUUUGAGUGAGCAGCUGGCAGCCCAGGCUGCACAGUUAAUGAUCUGACUGUAUGCCUUGCAAUUAUUUUUUUUUUCCACUGCAAAACCUUUUAAGAGUCUUUAGAGAUCAGUCCACCCCACUGCCUCUGAGUAAGAUGCUAUCUGCAAAAUUGCACACAAGUGUUCCCGGUUAAAAGCUCUCUCCGCAACACCCUCUUCUGCCUUUCUAUUGGUAAAGUAUUUCUUUGUUAAGACUCCUAAUGAAUCCUUAAUUUGCUGUAGUUUAGUAGU